AAUUUGUGAUAAUAACAAGUAUAAAUAGAAACAUGAGUGCAACAGAUUAUACUCAUAGACGCUGGAGUCACCUGAGGAAAGUAUUGGAAAGAUCGGGACCGUUUUGCCGGCCCGAUUUUGAACCAUCACCUGACACUUUGCAAUUUUUAAUGGAAAACUGUAGAAUACUCGUUAUUGGAGCUGGCGGUUUAGGAUGCGAAUUAUUAAAAAAUCUAGCACUUAUGGGUUUUCGACAAAUUGAUGUUAUUGAUAUGGAUACUAUAGAAUUAUCAAAUUUAAACCGACAGUUUUUAUUCCGGCACAAAGAUAUUGGAGCUUCCAAAGCAGAAUGUGCUGCGAAGUUCAUUAACAGUAGAAUUCCUGGAUGCAAUGUUACUCCUCAUUGCUGUAUGAUUCAGGAUAAAGAUGAAUCUUUCUACCGGCAAUUCCACAUAAUUGUUUGUGGUUUAGAUUCCAUCGUAGCGAGAAGAUGGAUUAAUGGAAUGUUAAUUUCACUUUUGAAUUAUAAUGAUGGUGAAUUAGACCAAUCUAGCAUUAUUCCUAUGGUUGACGGAGGAACUGAAGGCUUUAAAGGCAAUGCAAGAGUUAUUUUACCUGGUCUAACAGCUUGCAUUGAGUGUACAUUAGAUUUAUAUCCACCUCAGACCACAUAUCCGCUUUGUACCAUAGCAAAUACUCCAAGGCUUCCAGAACAUUGUAUAGAGUACGUGAAAGUGAUACAAUGGCAGAAAGAAAAUCCUUUCGAAAGUCCAAUUGAUGGAGAUGAUCCACAACAUAUUAAUUGGAUAUAUGAGAAAUCAGUUGAACGAGCUACUCAGUUUGGUAUUCGAGGAUUAACUUAUAGAUUAGUCCAAGGAGUAGUUAAAAAUAUAAUACCUGCUGUUGCCUCAACUAAUGCAUCUAUUGCUGCUGUGUGUGCUACAGAAGUUUUCAAACUUGCUACAAGCUGCAGCGCAUCAUUAAACAAUUAUAUGGUCUUGAAUGAUCUAGAUGGUAUUUAUACAUAUACUUACGAAGCAGAAAAAAAAUCUGACUGCUUAGGCUGCAGUCAAAUUCCUCGCGAACUUGAGAUACGCAAUGGCAAUCUCAAGUUAAAGGAUUUGAUAGAAUUAUUAUGUGAACGACAUGAUUUACAAAUGAAGAAUCCUGGAAUUACUGCUAAUGUCGGAGGUAAAAAUAAAACUCUGUACAUGCAUACAGUGUCAAGUAUUGAAGAAAAAACUAGGGUUAAUUUAUCUAAAACAUUAUCGGAAUUGGGACUUGUUAGUGGAAUGGAAAUAAAUGUUGCUGAUAUUACAACCCCCAUUACGAUGACACUUAAAUUGAAAUUUCAAGAGAAUGAUAUUGAAAUGGCUUGAUGAUAAGUACAAAUAUAAAUACUAAUGUAUGUUUGAGUUAAAGGAUAUUAAAGGUACAUUAUUUGUAAAUA